CCCAGCCCAGACCAGCACAGCACAGCACAGCACAGCACAGCACAGCAUCGAAACACACAACACACCCCAUAACUGCGCCGACCCGUCUGGAAUAUCAUGGGCAACGUACAGCCCACCUUAGUCCCGUAUGAGGACUUUGAUGUCACAGCUGAUAUCAAGGCUAUCAGAAAAGCAUGUAAAGGUUUAGGCACAGAUGAAGAGGCCAUUACCCAAAUCCUGGCCAAUCGUUCUGCAGCUCAGCGUGUGGAGAUCAAAAAGGCCUACUUUGAAAAGUAUGAUGAUGAGUUGGAGGAGGUCCUGAAGAAGGAGCUGACAGGUAGUUUCGAGAAAGCCAUCAUCGCCAUGUUGGACCAUCCUCAUAUUUACUUCGCCAAGGAGCUGAGGAAGGCCAUGAAGGGGGCGGGCACAGAUGAAGCUGUCUUGGUAGAGAUCCUGUGCACAGCCACCAAUGAGGACAUUGUGAGCUACAAGGAGGCAUAUGCCCAGGUGCAUGAGCGUGACCUGGAGGCAGACAUCGAGGACGAUACCAGUGGAGAUGUGAGGAACCUGCUGACCUCACUGCUGCAGGCGAGCAGAGAUGAAGGCUAUGAGGUGGAUGAGGGUUUAGCCAGCCAGGAUGCCACAUCUUUGUUUGAGGCAGGAGAAGGAAGGUUUGGCACAGACGAGUCAACCUUUACCUACAUCCUGACACACAGGAACUACAUGCAGCUUCAGGCCACCUUUAAAGCCUAUGAGUCUCUUUCAGGGACAGACAUUUUGGACACCAUUGACUCCGAGGCCACAGGAACACUCAAGGACUGCUACGUUGCUCUGGUGAGGUGUGCUAAGAACCCACAGCUGUACUUUGCCCGACGCCUUAAUGCUGCCAUGAAGGGACUGGGCUCUGAUGAGGAAACACUCAUUCGCAUCAUUGUAGGCCGUUCUGAGAUCGACCUGGAGACAGUUAAGGACAUGUACCUGGAGAAGUACGAUGUUACCCUGAAAGAUGCCCUGGAUUCAGAGUGCGGUGGAGAUUUCAAACGCCUCCUCAUUGAGAUCCUGCACUAAACUCUUCUCACUUUCCUCCUACAGGCCUUAUUUAACCUCUAUAUCUACUCAUUCCUUCUCCUCACUCCUCUUCCUUUUACUACUUUAACAGUUCCACUCUUUCACUUCAUGGACUUCUUUCUAUCUAUUAUUUUACUUACAUCCUUUUUCUUCUCUCUCUUCACUCUUAGAGACAGUGAGCUCUCUUUGCAGCAUGGGCCAAAAUCCAACUCAUUAUUAUAUUACCCAGUUUUUGACACAGUUUUGCCAAGAACAUUACACUCAGUAAAAAUUUCCUUACAGUCUGGUAAAUAAUAGAGGUGCAUUGAAUAUUUGUUAUCUGUUUUACAAUGUAAUGGCAGCAUUUUGGAAUUUACAUGGAACUUGUGCAGCUGAGCAUCAUGCUAAUUUAUUUAUCCAAUAGAACUCCUUUAUUCACAAUCAGCAGCUUUACAGUCUUUGUAUUUCGGCUCUCAGUCCACCAUCUCAAGCUUAUCCCAAACCUGUAAACAUUAAGAGGCAGCUGCUGCUCAUCACAAAAUAUGCAGCCUCUUACUUUAUAUAUUGUAACAUGAUUCAUCUCUGUCAUCCAUCAUCAUCAUCGUCAACUUCACUUUUAUUAGCCUCAAAGUUGCCUUUCAUGAGUUAAUAGCAAUGCAAUUUCCUUUCUGCUGCAACACUGAAGUGCCGAAUUCUCACACUUGAUCUCUGAUAUCUGAAAAACCAGAGGAGUACAUGAUGACAUUAUUAUCCUAAUAUCAAAAGCUUUAAGGAUACACUGUGGGUUUUUUGUAGUCACAUCCCUCAAUGCCAUGUGGGAUUUUAACUGUUUGUAGCCUUCUUUUUAAUCACAGCUCACAAGCUGCCUUGUUCUCACAUUUGUUCACCUCAUUAGACAGUUGCCUUUCUCCUGUUGUCAGUCAGUCAUUAAAUUUACUACCAAGUUCUAGUCAAGUUCUAGUUAUGAGGUCAUUUUGCAUUUACGAUCAUUAGAUGAUGAUAAUAAUAUUGAACAAGACAUGAACUGUGCUCUUUAACUCCUUAAUUACAAUCACUUACAAUGGUCACACUGCCUGUAUUAAUGUAUGGAACUGUAUCUGAACUAAUUUUAUUUAUAAAAUUUAUAAGAGUACAGUAAUAGAAAUGACUAAGAUAUACUGUUGGAUUAUCAAAUAGAAAAAUUAAUACAUUAAUUUAUAUGAAAGAAGUAAUUGUUAACCCGUUUUAAUGGCAUAAAAAUAUGUAUGUCGUGAUAAUAAAUUUGAA